GAAACGUUUUUUUCCAAAACAAAAAGAGGAUUUCCUGCGAAUUUUCCUUUAAAAAACCUGAAAAAAGGUCAAAUCAGCUGCAUUAAACACCGGAAAACGAAUAUUUAAAGUGUCAAGUACACAAAUAAACUAAAAGUUCAAACAAAAAAACGCAAAAACAGCGUAAAUUCUUCUUUCUAAAAUUUUUCCGGGUGAUAAAGACGAGAUGCCACAACCACUAAUGAAUUUGGAGCCAAUGCAAGUGGAUAUUCAAGCGGAGGACAACGAAAACAACGUAGAUCACUCUUACAUCGUUGAAAAUCCGACUUUGGAUCUCGAAUCGUACGCUGCCUCGUACACGGGCCUUGCGAAAUUGCAGCGUUUGUUGUUUAUUGCAAAUCAUUGUCCGACAUUGCGUUUGGAGGCACUGAAACUCGCCAUUAAUUAUGCCACACAAACGUACAACGUGAACUUGUAUCAACAUUUGCACAAGAGACUUGCGGAUUUGACGAAUGCCGGCGGGCAAGGAGGUGCCGGGCAAGCUGCAGGCGGUUCGAAUGCCGCUGGAGCGGGUGCUGUUGCGGCGCCAGCGAUCCCGGGAGCGAUGGGAUUGCCCGAUGUGGCGGCGCAAGUGAGUAAUCAGGAUAUUCCGGCGUUCGAUUCGAUGUGGGUCGAGACGAAAAUCAAGAAAGCGGCGCUAAAAUUGGAAAAACUCGAUAACGAUUUGAAGAAUUACAAGUCAAAUUCGAUCAAGGAGAGCAUUCGUCGUGGGCAUGACGACUUGGGGGAUCAUUAUUUGAACUGUGGCGAGCUCAGUAAUGCGUUGAAAUGCUAUUCGCGUGCUCGGGACUAUUGCACCAGUGGCAAACAUGUCGUCAAUAUGUGCUUGAAUGUCAUAAAAGUGUCCGUUUACUUGCACAAUUGGUCGCACGUCUUGAGUUACGUGACAAAAGCCGAAAGUACGCCCGAUUUUGCCGAGACAAAUGGCAAAGAUGCCAAUCAGGAGAUCGUCACACGACUCCGUUGUGCUGCUGGCUUGGCAGAACUCGCCACAAAAAAAUACAAAGCCGCCGCCAAGAACUUCCUGCAAGCGAAUUUCGAUUAUUCCGAUUGUCCGGAGCUCAUUUCCACAGCAAAUGUCGCACUUUAUGGCGGUUUAUGUGCUCUUGCGACCUUCGAUCGGCAAGAACUUCAGAAAAACAUCAUCUCCAGCAGCUCAUUUAAACUCUUCCUCGAACUGGAGCCGCAAUUGCGCGACAUAAUCUUCAAAUUUUAUGAAUCCAAAUACGCUUCUUGCUUGAAAUUGCUCGACGAGAUCCGCGAUAAUCUCUUGCUGGACAUGUACAUUGCGCCGCAUGUCAAUAAUUUGUAUACGAAAAUCCGGAAUCGGGCGUUGAUUCAGUACUUUAGCCCUUAUUUGUCGGCUGACAUGAACAAAAUGGCGCUCGCCUUCAAUCGUACGGUGCCCGCGUUGGAGAAUGAACUCAUGCAGUUGAUUCUGGAUGGGCAGAUACAGGCAAGGAUUGACUCGCAUAACAGGAUUUUGUAUGCCAAGGAUGCGGAUCAGCGGAGUUCGACGUAUGAGAAGGCGUUGCGGGUUGGCGAAGAGUAUCAGAGACGCACGAAAAUGAUGAUUUUGAGAGCGGCGGUGCUGAAAAAUCAUAUUCAUGUUAAGAAUCAACCGCGUGACGGAAACCACCCGGAAAGCGUCGUCUCAACAGGAGUCAUUCUUCCGGGAUAUCUGCAACAACAGAACAAGUGAGGGUUAAGUAACUCCGACACUCUUCCCGACAUCUUAUUUCCCUGAUAAACGCCUCAUGCUGGCCCACGAAGCCUUCUGCGAUGCAAAAAUAACCAACAGUAAACCUUAAAAUAUUCAAGAAAUUAACUUACUCUCGUUAUUGUCGUAAAAAACUCUUCAAAAGAGCAUUAAUUAAUAGAAAAAGAAACUUUUUGUGAAACAAUUUACAAACAACAUUUAUUUUUUUUUAUA